UAUUAUUAUUAUUAUUAUUAAUUUUUUUUUUUUUUUAUCUUGAAGGACAAACCAGGGACAUAUCUGGACAUAUCAGGCACAUCAACGAAAGGCCUCAUCUAGUCGUGAUCGUAAAAUUUUUUUUGUGUAUACAUUUUUGUUAUAAAUCAUGGCACAAAAAGCUAGACUAACUGACGAAUCUGCCUGGAAACAGCUGGAUGAUUAUUUUAACACAACUGGAUCAAAAAUAAACAUUGCAAAUUUAUUUCAACAAGAUGCAAAUCGUUUUAAUAAAUUUAGCUUGAAUAUUGAUACUCCAAAUGAUGGACCAAUUCUUUUGGAUUACUCCAAAAAUCGUCUUGAUGAAAAAACCAUGUCUCUUUUGCUUGAAUUAGCAAAAGCAAGAAAUAUUGAAAAAGCACGUGAUGCAAUGUUUGCUGGUGAAAAAAUUAAUUUCACUGAAAAUCGUGCUGUAUUACAUACUGCUCUUCGUAAUCGUGCAAAUACACCAAUUUUAGUUGAUGGUAAAGAUGUUAUGCCAGAUGUAAAUAGUGUAUUACAACACAUGAAAGAAUUUACAAAUCAAGUUAUUAAAAAAGAAUGGAAAGGUUUUACUGGUAAACCAAUUGAAGAUGUUAUUAAUAUUGGAAUUGGUGGAUCUGAUUUAGGUCCAUUAAUGGUAACUGAAGCAUUAAAACCAUAUCAUAUUGGUCCAAAAGUACAUUUUGUAAGUAACAUUGAUGGUACACAUAUUGCUGAAAUAUUAAAAAAACUUAAUCCUGAAACAGCAUUAUUUAUAAUUGCAUCAAAAACAUUUACAACACAAGAAACAAUAACAAAUGCAACAUCAGCAAAAUUAUGGUUACUUGAAAAUUUGAAAAAUGAUGCUGCUGUUGCAUCACAUUUUGUUGCAUUAUCAACAAAUAAUGAAAAAGUUAAAGAAUUUGGUAUUGAUGAAAAAAAUAUGUUUGGUUUUUGGGAUUGGGUUGGUGGACGUUAUUCAUUAUGGUCAGCAAUUGGUUUAUCAAUAUCAUUAUCAAUUGGUUUUGAUAAUUUUGAAAAAUUAUUAAGUGGUGCAUAUUUUAUGGAUCAACAUUUUCGUACAGCACCAUUGGAUAAAAAUGCACCAGUUAUACUUGCAUUAUUAGGUGUAUGGUAUUCAAAUUUUUUUAAAUCUGAAACACAUGCAUUAUUACCAUAUGAUCAAUAUCUACACAGAUUUGCAGCAUAUUUCCAACAGGGUGAUAUGGAAAGUAAUGGUAAAUACGUUACAAAAACUGGAUCAAGUGUUAAUUAUUCAACUGGUCCAAUUGUUUGGGGUGAACCUGGUACAAAUGGACAGCAUGCAUUUUAUCAACUUAUUCAUCAAGGAACAAGACUUAUCCCAGCUGAUUUUAUUGCACCUGUAUUAUCUCACAAUAAGGUUCAAGGUAAUUUGCAUCAUAAAAUUUUGCUCUCUAAUUUCCUUGCUCAAACUGAGGCAUUGAUGAAAGGAAAAUCAUCAGAACAAGCUAAAGCUGAAUUAGUCAAAUCUGGAUUAAAUGAUGAGCAAGUUAAACUUUUAUUACCUCAUAAAGUUUUUGAAGGAAAUCGUCCAACAAAUAGUAUUCUUGUCAAGGGUGUUACACCAUUUACUCUUGGAGCUUUAAUUGCAAUGUACGAGCAUAAAAUAUUCGUCCAAGGAAUCAUUUGGGAUAUUAAUUCAUUUGAUCAAUGGGGAGUUGAAUUGGGAAAACAACUGGCAAAGGCUAUCGAGCCUGAAUUAAAUAAUGCUGAUAAAAUAACCAGCCAUGAUUCAUCAACAAAUGGCUUAAUUAAUUUUAUAAAAACCCACAGUUCUUAAAUACAUCACUAUAAUCUAUUUUAUUAUUCUUUUUCAUAGAGUACGAAAGAGAAUGAUACCUCAAUUGAAAAUACAAAAAUUUCAACAAUGGCCUAAUUUUAUUAAUUAAAAGCCUAAAAUUUUUAGAUAAAAAAUAAUGUUUCAAUUGUUAUUUAAACAAAAUAAAUAAAAAAAUAAUUACCAUUUUAAAUUUGAUCCUAAAAUGAAGCAAUUGUUUUAAUAAAUUUUUAUUUUACAACAAAAAGGUAGCUUCUUUUAUCAUUCCUCAGGUGAACUACCAAUAAAUUUAAUUUAAAAAAAAAAAGUAAUAAGUUUAAAUGUAUAUUCAAUAGUUAAAAAAUAUAUUACGUUUGUUUGAUCAAACUUUUAAUAAUAAUAAAAAAAUGUACUAAUUAUGACGUAGACAAAUGUUGACUUGAUAUAAACAAAAAUAUUUUACAAAGUAAAAUGGCAUAAAUAAAUGUAGUUUUAAAAUGACAACUUGUCACUUGUUUUUUUUCUUAAUUAUAAUAUAAUAAAUAGUUAAUGUUGAUAUU